AUGGCACAAAAAGCGGCAAAAACUCUCGCGACUCGAAAUGCCUCCCUCUUACUCCGUACCCAUAUAACUACUCUCUGUCUUCAUGCGACCUUCCUCCUUCUCCACUGGAUAUUUAACCGCCCACGCUCUUUAACGCCUUAUGUUGUCUUUGCGUGUCCGACUCUAGCUAUCGAAUUCUAUCUCGAUCGCUUGGGCCGUCCACGCUAUAAUCCCGCCGAUGGCUCACUUCGCUCCCCUGGAGAGGACCUUGGGGCGGCCGGUUUAACAGAAUACAUGUGGGAUGUCUUGUAUUGGACGUGGGGCUGUAUUGGUGCGGUCUGUGUUUUUGGCGAUCGCGCCUGGUGGCUAUGGAUUGUGGUGCCCUUGUAUUCCGUCUGGUUGGCAUAUACCACUUUCACGGGAAUGAAGAGCGGGCUUGCCGGAAUGGGCGGAACAGAGCCAGCUGUUGCGGAGAGUAAGAGGCAGAAGAAAAUGGAGAAAAGGGGAGGCCAGCGAGUACAGUAUCGAUGA